AUUAUUUUAGCUCAGUCUUGAUUUGAUAUUAUAGAAGUAAAAAGGUGUUAAAGACAUAAAAAAAUAUGAUUAAUCGAAGAUAUACAUUUGAUGGCCAGCCUAUCUAUUUGCUAGGCGAACGCGCAUCAGAACUCCACAGACAAAUAAAAGUUCAAGACUUUUAUGCUUUACGCCAGCAACAUAUCAAUUCUGGAAAGUUAUUUGAAGAUCCUGAGUUCCCAGCAGCAGACAAAAGCUUGUUCUACUCACGACAAUCUACAAUCAAACGUUACAAAUGGCUCAGACCAUUUGAAAUAUGCGAGCAUCCGAGAUUUUUUGUAGAAGGUUUUUCAAGGUUUGACGCACGACAAGGAGAACUCGGUGACUGCUGGUUUUUAGCAGCAGCUGCAAGCUUAACAUUAAAUCCAAAAUUAUUUUCAAGAGUUGUGUACAAUGACAAUAGCUUUGUGAAGGAUUAUUGUGGUAUUUUUCAUUUUUGUUUUUGGCGAUUCGGCAAAUGGGUUGACGUAGUCGUUGAUGAUCGUUUACCGACUUUAAAUGGCAAAUUAGUAUUUAUGCAGUCGCCAGAACAGAAUGAAUUCUGGUCAGCUUUAUUAGAAAAGGCUUAUGCAAAAUUACAUGGCAGCUAUGAAGCUCUCAAAGGUGGGCAGACUAGUGAUGCGUUGGAAGACUUUACAGGCGGUGUUUCUGAGAGGUAUGACUUGAGUAAAGCACCUGCUCAUUUAUACAGCACCCUCGAGAAUAGAGUUUUAAGAGAUUCAAUGAUGGCUUGUUCAAUCAAUUCUAAUCCUCGUAUCUACGAAGAGAAAACUCCAGAAGGUCUGGUUCGAGGUCAUUCUUAUUCAAUCACGAAAGUAAAAUAUGUCGACAUAGUCACUCCAAAUACAAAGGGUAAAAUUCCAUUGCUGCGGCUAAGGAAUCCUUGGGGUAACCACAUAGAAUGGAAUGGCCAAUGGAGUGAUCGAUCACCUCAAUGGCGCUAUAUCCCAGACCAUGUAAAGAAACAAAUUGGACUUACAUUCGAGCAUGAUGGAGAGUUUUGGAUGUCAUACAGUGAUUUUCUCCAUAACUUUAACAACCUUUACAUUUGUGAUUUGUCACCUGAUUCUGCAGAAAAUGAUCAAAAAGUUUCAGCAAGAACAAAAAGACAGUGGAACAUGAGUGUGUUUGAGGGUGAAUGGAUACCAAAAAUUACAGCUGGUGGAUGUACAAAUCAUAUGAACACAUUCCAUCUCAAUCCACAAUAUAUAAUGAAGUUGGAAUAUCCUGACGAUGAUAAUGUUGAUAAAUGUACAGUCAUAGUUUCGUUGAUGCAAAAAUAUCGUAGGAUGAAGAGAAGUUUAGGAUAUGAUUUUCUCAAAAUUGGAUUUGAAGUCUAUCGACUUCGUGAAGCUGACCUGGUCCAAAAACCAUUGAAAAAGAAUUUCUUCAAGAAAAAUCAUCCAGCUGCAGGAACAACUGAAUUUGUUAAUAUUCGAUCAGUUUUUGGAAGAUUUGAGUUGUAUCCAGGAUAUUAUUUAAUAGUUCCAUCAACAUUUGAACCAGAUCAAGCUGGAGAUUUUCUGAUUCGAGUCUUUUCCGAAUGUAAAAAUGUCUUUGAAGUAAAUGACGAAAGAGUAAGAUUGGGAAGUGUAGACUCAAGGAUUAAAAGCCAUCUACUAGAUGUUAAAUCGGCAACUCCACAAAGAUUAACAAUUGAGAAAUUAUUCUCAAAUGUAGCUGGAUCUAGGAAUGAAAUUGGAUGGAUGGAGCUGAAGCAAAUGAUGGAUCAUAGUUUGAGGAAAGAACUUAUGAAUGAAACUCCCGAAGUAACAUUUACUAAUAAUACUGAUCUAAACUCUGCAACUAAUUCAAUUCCAUCAAAAUCCACCAAGAAAUCUCCUCGAAAAAGAGGAUCAACCUGCAAUUUGUGUUGUUUUGGAAGUAAAUCGUCGUAUUCUGAUUCAUAUAUCCCUAAUUCUACUAAAAAUACAUCUAAUCUAGAUUCAUAUGCUGCACUUGUUGAGAAUGAAUCAGAAUACAAAGAAUUUUCAAAGGACAUGUGCCGUUCCAUGGUUGCGAUGAUGGAUGUCAAUAGAUCUGGAAAAUUAGGACUAGAGGAAUUCAAGACUUUACUUUGUGAGAUUUCUAAAUGGAGAGCUGUGUUCAAGCUUUAUGACAAAGAUCAAAACAACAAGCUGGAUACUUAUGAGUUGCGAGAUGCAUUAGAAUCAGCAGGUUAUAAAUUAAAUUAUCAAGUUCUAAGCUCGCUAAUCUAUCGUUACGGAUCACCAGACAAUACAAUGUCGAUUGAUGACUUUAUUAUGUGUGCUGUGAAAGUUAAGACAAUGAUUGAGAGAUUUAAGGAAAAGGAUUAUCUGAAGAGGAAUAUAGCAACAUUUACAAUGGAUGAAUGGAUUGCUCAAGCUCUAUAUUCUUAAGAAAGAUUGAGAAUAUCAGAUAUUAUUCUAUAAAUUUUGUAAAUUGAAGUAAAAUUUAAAUAAAGCUGGUCAAAAAUGAUUUGAAUAAUCAUUCAAAGAGCCAACGAGUGUCCAUCCAUCAGCCCAUACAAAUUUAUUUAAUUAAAUAUAUAUUUUAUCAUCUUACAAAUAUAAAUCAAAAUCAAUACGUGCCGAUGAAUAGAAGCGAUCCUCACCGACUUUCCUCACAAACACAGAUUCCUUAAAAUCCCCAUUGUCUGCUUUCAUUUGCAUUUGCUCUGUCGAAAAUGGCCCGAGAACUUUAUCAUUUUCAUUCUGAGUAAGUUUGUAUUCCCACAUCAAUUUAGCUUCCUUGUCUUCUUCUGGUUCUAUCACACUUGCCGGCACUUUAAACGUGACUGUUUUGUCAGUGAUUUUUGAUUUCUCUUUUACAUCAAAAUCAUCUGAGUACAUGUCCAAAUCAGCAUUCUUACUCGGCCCAGCAUCUUUUGCACUUUCCAUUUCCGAAAUUUUGUGCUUUAUUUGCUCGUACGUUAAUUCAUAAACAUUCAUAUUACCUGUUUUUGUGAGAAUUUCAUUUACGAUUCCAGUGAGUUUUGUGAUUGUCUCUGCUGACUUGUCCUCAAUGCCUUGCUUCUUUAAUUUCCAUCGCUGUGCUGUUGUGAGUUUCGCUCUUGAAUUAUUUAAUCGUUGUAGUGCUGAAUUAAUAGAUUCUUUUGGUUUCAUCUCAGCUAUAAUUUGUUUGUAUGAGUCAAGAUGAUCGAGUUUUGUCUCUGGCACUAUUUCCUCCUCAUCUGAUGAGUAUUCACCGUCGCCUGGAAAGUAUUUCUUUCGAUAUUCAGCUUCUUUCUUUACUUUUACCCAAUCUACGUCAUCCAGCCAAUUAUCAAGAUGUGCUUCUCCUUUUUUAAAGUGAUAAUGACCUUCUUUGUCGAAAUGUCCUUC